UCAUGCUUUUCAUGACGUUUUUUUAGCGUCAAUGCAUGACUCCACUUAAUAAGGGAAGUCCCAUUUUUUUCUCCUUUUUGUAUGGAGAAAUGUAAAAUAAUCAAACAACUUUUAACAAAACAAAAUUUUGAAUUGUUCUUCUUACUUAUUUGAAAUCAUGUUUAGGGAAAGAGUCAGACGAGUGAUACAACCACCAGCUCAAGAGAAUAUUGAUAAGUUAGAGAAGGUUGUGAAAGAGGGGAAUUAUUAUGGAGCUCAACAAAUGUAUAAAUCUACUAGUGCUAGAUAUGCGUCUGCUGAGAGAUACUCUGAUGCCUUGAAUGUCCUUCAGUCUGGUGCUUGUUUGCAAUUAGACAAGGCCCAAAUUACCUGUGGGGCAGAACUUUCUUUGCUCUUUGCUGAAACACUUGCAAAAUCAAAAGUUCCAUAUGACGAAGACACACUUGAUCGUGUCAGGAAAAUCUUCAGGAAGUUUCCUCGGCAUUCUGUGCCACAACAUUUGGAGCUUGCAGAUGAUGAUGACUUGCAAAAACUUUCUGAAGCCAUUGCGGCAGCCAAAACACGAGUAGAAGGCUGUUCAUCCUUUCUGAAAGCCGCUAUCAAGUGGUCAGCAGAAUUUGGCGCUCAUCGAUAUGGAUCUCCAGAGCUGCAUGACAUGCUGGCAGAUUAUAUGUACUCAGAGUCUCCUGAAGUGGACAUCGGUAAAGUAUCUUUUCAUUUUGUGAGAGGAAAGAACCCAAAGAAAUUUGCUUCAGCUCUUGUAAACUUCAUGGGCAAGUGCUAUCCAGGAGAAGAUGAUUUGGCUAUCGUGCGGGCUGUUCUGAUGUACUUGUCUUUGGGAAACCUAAGAGAUGCUAACAAGCUCAUGGAUGAGGUGAAAAUGGAAGUCGAAUUGAAAAAUCUUCACUUUCCUAGCUCAGAAUUAACACAGUAUGUGAACUAUCUCCUCCUGACGUUGCAGAGGGAUGCUUUACCUUUGUUUAACAUGCUGAGACAAACCUACAAGUCUAGUAUAGAUAGAGAAUCUAUGUUUAAUGAAUUGCUAGAUGAUAUUGCAGAGAAGUUCUAUGGCGUUCGACGUAGAAAUCCUCUUGAGGGGAUUGGAGAUUUCUUUAAGAUGAUGGGAGGCGAUUAAUGUGAAGUGAUGAACUACAUUUACAUUGUGACAUUUACAUUGUGACAUUCUCCUUUGACUUAGCAAGUACCAAUGCAGCAAAUGUUUCUUUUUUUUUUUAAUCUAAAUUAUGUUAUCCAUG